AUGCUCCCAACUCCUCCCGCAUCGCCAAAGCCUUCUGGACAAUGCAGCCCAGAAGAUAGCAUUGGCCUUGUGUUGGCUGGUAAUAUCGAAUUGACCGCAGUCCUUGGCGUUGGCGCAUAUGGAACCGUUUACCGGGCCCGCGACAUCGUGACUGAUGUUCAGUACGCCGUCAAGGCACUGAACAAAGUCGGUCUCGAUGCUCGCCAGAGGAAGUUCCAAAACCGGGAGAUCCAAUUGCAUUACGCCGCGAGCAGUCAUCCAAAUGUUGUUUCCCUCGUCAAGAUCUUGGACAGCCCGGACUGCACGUACGUUGUGAUUGAGUAUUGUCCGGAAGGCGAUUUGUUCUCCAAGAUCACCGAGGAGGGCCAUUACAUUGGAGACGACUUCAAGGCCAAGCAGGUGUUUUUGCAGAUUCUUUCCGCUGUCCAGCAUUGCCAUUCUCAAGGGAUUUACCACCGCGAUCUCAAGCCUGAGAAUGUUCUUGUCAUGGACAAUGGAUGGACCGCCAAGCUCGCGGAUUUUGGAUUGGCCACUCAGGAUCGAAUUACCUCCGACUAUGGCUGUGGCUCGACAUUCUACAUGUCACCAGAAUGUCAACAACCCAACCCGAAGCCGUACUCUGCUUACGCUUCGGCACCCAAUGACGUCUGGUCUCUGGGCGUAAUACUGGUCAACCUGACCUGCGGACGCAACCCUUGGAAGCGUGCAUCCAUGGACGAUUCCACUUUCCGGGCAUUCAUGCGUGACCGGAAUUUCCUGCAAUCCAUUCUUCCUAUUUCUGACGAGCUCAACUGCAUUCUUCAGCGGAUCUUCGAGGUCAACCCUCACCGCAGAAUCACUCUCGAAGAGCUUCGUGACUUCAUCAUCCGCUGUCCGCGGUUGACGACCACUUCAGGGUCUUCCCUCCCAACCACGGCACCUCCAACGCCUCCCUACAGCCCUGUGGUGGACAAAUCCAUGGAAUCGCCCGUUUCGGAUUUCACCGGCGCGUACGAACCUGUCCCGCGCAUGGAGCUGCCGGCCCAGCAGUACCCACCCACUCCAGAGUAUUACGGAUCGCACCAGCAACCACAACCGCACCAUGUGAUCCUGACGCCGCCCAGCUCUGGCCAGUGCACUCCGCAACCAACUCUUUAUACGACCCCUCCCAAGUCAGUCGUGGCACCCGUGGUCCAUACAUCCGGUCAUUUCUUCGGUGGUCUUCCUGACUUCCGUCGUUGCGGCCAGAUGUUUUCCAACUUCAAUCUUCCGGCCAAUCAUAUGUGGACUCCCACUUAUUGA